AUGUGCAUGAAAAAACCAUACAUGUUUUUGACUUUCCUCAUUCUAAGACCAUCAAGUCCUAAAGCUGGAAUCGAUGUUUAUUUACAACCUUUAAUAGAUGAAUUGAAAAGGUUGUGGAUUGGAGAAUGGACUUAUGAUAUAUCUUGCAAACAAAAAUUUACUUUGCGAGCUGCCUUGAUAUGGACUAUUAAUGACUUUCCCGCUUAUGGAAUGUUAUCUGGUUGGGGUACGCAUGGAAAAAUGGGAUGUCUAUAUUGCAUGGAAUUUACAAAGGCUUUUACUUUGGAAUUUGGAGGAAAAAGUUUGUGGUUCAACUGUCACCGCAGAUUCCUACCACGAGACCAUGUCUUUAAAAGAAACAAGACUAAUUUCAAAAAAGAUGUACGAGUAAAAGAUUUGCCUCCUCCUCGAUUGUCACCAGAGGAAAUAUGGAAUUGA